AUGAAUCAAUCGAAAAUUCCAACAUUUACAUCAAUUAUUCCUACUGAACAAUCACCAACGACAAUUUGUGGUCAAGGAUAUGUUUAUAUGGGUCCAUUAACAUCAAAAUAUUAUAAAAUCCCAUCAGAAUGUGUUAAUAAUAUAAAACAACAAACUAUAGUUUCAACUGAAACAACAACAACAACAACGAAUAAUAAUCAAUACCAAUUUAAAGUCAUGCUAUUAGGUGAUAGUGGUGUUGGUAAGACAUGUUUACUUCUACGAUUUAAUGAUGGAACAUUUUUUACCGGAAAUUUUAUUACAACUGUUGGAAUUGAUUAUAGAAGUAAAGUAGUAACACUUGGUGAUAAAAAAAUCAAUUUACAAAUAUAUGAUACAGCUGGUCAAGAACGUUAUCGAUCUGUAACACAUUCUUAUUAUCGUGAUGCACAUGCAUUAUUGUUACUCUAUGAUAUAGCAUCGUAUUCAUCAUUUGAAAAUAUUUCAUCUUGGUUAAGUGAAAUAAAAGAAUCAGCUCAUAAUGAUGUUAUUAUAAUGUUAAUUGGUAAUAAAGUCGAUAAAUCUCAACGUGUUAUAUCACGUGAAACUGGUGAACGUUUAGCAAGAGAUUUUCAAAUAAGUUUUCUUGAAACAUCCGCUAAAACAGGUCAAAAUGUUGAAUUAGCUUUUAUGGCAACAGCACAAGCUUUACUUGACAAAAAAAUCCAUGAAAAUAAUGCUAAUAUAUCAUUAAAUGAUCUUGUUAAAACGACUAAUACUGAAACAAAUUAUUCAUGUUGUUAA